UGUAUUGUCUUCUGCUCGCGUUUUAUUUGUUUCGAUGACGUACUCGCUAUAAUAGAAUUACUUGUUUUAUCGAAUAUUGUGUAUAUGUGAUCUAGUUUCUAAUUAAUUACAGUUCAUUAUACUUUUAAUUGGAAUAUUCUCUAAUAUCUAUCCGUACCAGUGUUCUAGGUUAGAAAGUCGGCAAUCAAAUUCGUCAUCACAAUUUAUGCCAAACUUAUUUUUAGACGUCGAAAUAGAAUCAACAGAAAUUAAAUAAGUGUAACAAGGAAUAUUUAUUAUUUGUGAUUUUGACUUCAAGAUAUAAUGGGGUUCUUCGGGUUUUUAUCAAGAUUUCGACGCAAAAAAACAACAUCGGAGGUUCUAGAAAGACUGGAAACGCAGAUAAAAAGCAUCGAGGAAGAUGACAUGUCAUAUGUACAGAGGCAAAGACGCCUAAACAACUAUGUCAACACGUACUCAGUUGGACUUUAUGUUAUUUUCCUGAUUUUGUACUAUUACGUCUAUAUGGGCAGAGGGCAACACUGGGUACAUUCAGUUAUGUAUGCCUCGCCGUUUGUCGUUUUCCCAAUAGUAGCAAUAUCACUCCGGUCAUCCAUACGGUGGUAUUACAAACGAUCGAUCAUCAAGAACAGAAUAAAACUAAACAAGAUGAAAGAAGAGAAGAAGCAGAUACUAGAAGAGGUUAUGAAUACGGAAACAUAUAAGGUUGCAAAAAACCUCCUGGAUAAGUACGGCAGCCCAGAGGAACAGUCGAAAGCUCUAAAACCGUUCGUGCCUACACUCAACGUACCCGGUAAUAGCCCUAGUUCACCAUCCCCAGCGACUCCUGGUCAGUUGAGACAGCGUCAACUGGCUCUGCAGUCGUCAACACCAGUCAGCAAUAAUAUGAAUGUGGUUGCUUUGAACAAUACGCCCGCUAUAUACAAAGGGCCCAGACUUAGGUCGGACCAGCUGCCGCGACCGCUUCUAGACAAGAACCGGUCAGCGUUGGACAAAGUGGUCGACUACCUACUGAAGGAGGGGCCCAACCAUCGUAUGGCGCUUAUAUGCUCGGAAUGCAAAUCACACAAUGGUAUGGCGAUGGUGGAGGAAUUCGAAUUCGUAUCAUAUGUAUGUGCGUACUGUGGUAAGAUGAACCCAGCGCGGAAGCAACGGCCCGCUGCGCCUCUACUGUCUUCCCCACGCGCUUUACCGAUGGCGACAGCAGAUGAUGACUCACCGGUCCCUAGUUCUGGAAGCGAUAGCGAAGACGAGAAACAUAAUGGUGUACUGAAAAUUGGCGGUUCAGAUGGAGAUUCGGAUCGGCCCACCUCAACAGCCGAGGAGGAACCGAAAUCCGAUACAGAGAAGAAAGAAGACUGAAUGACACUUGUCAAUUUACUACAUAAAAUUCUAAACAAUCCAUAUUCAUGGAUAAAAGCAACAUGGCGACCGAUAUCGAUUUCGCGCCAUUUGUGAUCGGCAUCCAUUUUUUGAUAGGACGCCAUUUUAAAAUGAAGUUCAAAGCUAAACGAGUAAAAUUAAAAACGAAACACGAAAUAUAGCGAGAUAAAAAUAAUACUAAUGCAUAAUACGUGCAAAAGACAGUAUGCUUUCGUAUUCUUUAUAUCUGUUUAGAAGGCUCCAUUUUUAAUAGUCAUUGAAUAGUAUUAAAUAUAAAAUGAAAGGUUUUAUAGUAAAUAUUGGUUUUAUAGAUUCAUUAUUGAUUUGUUAAGUCACACAUUAAACGACAUCAACACGAGUAUGACGGUAAGAUAAAUUUGUCAUAAUACUAGCUAUUAAAAUAUACACCUUAUGUACCAGUAUUUGGGCUGAUUGUUUUUAAAAUAUGACGAGAGUAAGCACAUAUAUAACUUUUUAGGAAUUUUUAUACAACACUAUUAUAGCCACAUUCGAUUUUCAAAAUAUAAUAAUAUAGCGAUUUAUUUACUAUAGAUUUAAAUGUUAUAUUUUGAAAAUAGAACUCAUCGUUAAAUCUGAAAACAAUGAAAAGCGAAUUAUAUUCUUAU